AUGGCGACAUCCAAUGACAAGAUUGAAAAUUGCGAAGUGUGCAAUGCAAGUAAAGCGAAAUACACGUGUCCAAAGUGUGAGGUUAGAACUUGUUGUCUUCAAUGUGUAAACAUUCAUAAAAAAGAAUUAAAUUGUGACGGUAUUCGAGAUAGAACAAAAUUUAUACCAUUAAAAUCAUUUACGGAUUUGGAUGUUCUAAGCGAUUAUAGGCUUCUUGAACAAGUGGGUAGAACAGUUGAGCAACUGAAAAGAGAUCCAUUUAAAAGAUGUACACGUCAAAUCAGUUUACCGAUGCACCUGCAUAAAUUAAAAACAGCUGCAUUUAAAAGGAAAGUUGUUUUGCAAUUUAUGCCACAACAUUUUAGUAAACACAAAAAUAAUACGACAUAUUUAAAUUGGAAAAGUAAUGAAUUAUAUUGGAGAAUAGAAUGGAUUUUUCCUCAAGCAGAAUGUACAAAAUGGAUUACAGAAAGAGUUUUAGAAUCAACAAGAUUAUCAUUACUUCUAGAGGAAAUUUUGGAUCCUAUUAAAUCAGUAGAAAAUAAAAGUGACAUAGAGGAAUUAAAUUUAAGAAUGUGCCUAAAUGAGAAAUUACAAUUUUAUCAGGCAGCUGGUUUAUCUGGAGUAAAAGUUCUAUUAAAAGCAGAAAAAGUUGUAAAAUCAGAUUUAAAGUUCUAUGAAUUGGACAUUACACUCUCAUUAAAAGAAAAUUUAGAAAAUAAAGUUAUAAUCGAAUUUCCAGUAAUAUAUGUAACUUUAAAGGAUCAUUCAUAUAUGUAUGAAAUUGUAGAUACCGAUGAUGAAGAUAUAAGUAAUACAAAAUACAGCGAUAAUAAUAGCAUUGGAUCAAGAAGGAAAAAAAGAAUAUACAAUGGAACAGUGAAAGAAAAAAAGAAUUUACCUGUGAAUUAUUUCUUUAAUUCUGAAUUUUCAGAAUCUGAGGAGGAAAAAUUAAUUGAUGAUCGAAAAAACGAAUGUUCGUCGAGUUUUAAUAUACCUAGUUAUGAUGAAUUAGUCAAAAUGGAACAAUAA